GUGACGACACCGUCGCUCUCCCCAGGGGCCGGUAAAACGGCCGCCUCUUGCAGGGAGAAGCGCAGUUCUCCCGGGAGAAGAAAGAGCGGAGGGUCCGGACGAGGAAAGCACCGAAGCCCCCAUCAGCCAGAAUCCGAUAUGGAGAGAAGCGGAGAUGAAAGGUACACGUACGAAGAUUGCAAGCGGACGGCCGACUGGCUGCUGGCCCACACAAAGCUCCGGCCCAGGGUCGCCAUCAUCUGCGGCUCGGGCCUCGGAGGGCUGGCUGACCUCCUGAAGGAUCAAGUGGCCUUUGAGUAUGGCAAAAUUCCCAACUUCCCUGAGAGCACAGUUGUCGGCCAUGCCGGAAGGUUGGUGUUUGGGAGCCUCAGUGGAACUCCAAGCGUGGUGAUGCAAGGGCGCUUCCACAUGUACGAAGGGUACCCGCUCUGGAAGGUGACCUUCCCGGUCCGGAUCUUCCGUCUGCUCGGCGUGGAGACCCUCAUUGUCACCAACGCGGCUGGGGGGCUCAACCCCGAAUACAAAGUUGGGGACAUCAUGGUGAUUCGCGACCACAUCAACAUGCCGGGCUUUGCUGGGCAGAACCCCCUGGUGGGGCCGAAUGACGACAGGUUUGGGGUACGUUUCCCGGCCAUGUCGGAUGCCUACAACGAAGACUUGAGGAAACUGGCCCACACGGUCGCGUCGGAGAUGGGCUGCUCCGGGUCGGUGCGCGAGGGAGUCUAUUGCGCCUUGGGCGGUCCCAACUACGAGACCAUCGCCGAAUGCCGCUUCCUUCAGCGCCUGGGCGCUGAUGCCGUGGGCAUGAGCACCGUCCCCGAGGUGAUUGUUGCCCGCCAUUCCGGCAUGCGCGUCUUCGGUUUCUCCCUCAUCACGAACAAGGCCGUCCUCGACUACGAGAGCACGGAGAAGGCCAACCACGCCGAAGUGCUGGAGGCCAGCCGCCAGAGCGCCCGCACCCUCGAGAAACUGGUCUCCCUAAUGGUGCAGCGCAUUGAGCGCAACAACAACUUGGCCUAGUGGUGCAGUUUGCGCUGGCCCCCUGCCGAUCUCUCGCCAGCAACGUCUUGCCAAGUGGGAGACCACACCCCGCUUGCCGUCUUCUGAUGGAGGAUCGUGCGCGGACCAGGCGGGGAGAGCAUGGCGACUGCCCCGUCCUCCCUGCCCCCCGAAAUAUUCUUCCUUUGUCGAAUCCUGCUGCUGAGUCCUCUACUGUCCAGACGGUAGUUGGAAACGUCGUUCCGCUGCAGUACCUUGACCGUCUCUGGCUGCCCGAGGGCUGCGCUGCUGUUUGUGUUUCUGAUCUCUAGCCUCUGAGACGGUGCCGGUCCAUCUUUGUGUGUUUGAGUGUGAGUCUUUCUCUCGUCUCUCCCCUCGUAUUUCAGGAUUUUGUGUACAGCACUUAGGUUUCCCUCCUCGUAAUCCCUGCCAGGGCGGGAAUAAGGUUGCCAGUUCCGGUCGUCUUUGAUCUUACGGGCCUCUUACUAAUUUACCUCUUUCAUGGCACUUCGCUUUUUAAAGGUUGAGUUACAGAGAGCGGGCUUCUGAAACCCUGAAAGCUUCCGUUUCAAAAUGGCCGCUCUCUCGUCAGCAGGUUCCUCAGCUAGAACCUAGCUAAUACUGUGCUGCUCGCUUGAUCGUGAAGGCCAGGAUUUCAGUCCCUUGGAUGUCAGGAUGCUCACUUUGCCUUGAGGCGUCCUUUGUAGGAUUUCUGGUUGAACUCGAUGGGCCUUUGGCCUGACCCUGCAGGCUCUUAAGUUUGCUAGGAAAUGGCUUCUUUGUCCCCCUCAGAGAUCAGUACUUCCCCUCAGAUCAAGCAAUGGCCAUUUCUCCUUCCAGGAUUUGUGUGUGUUUGUCUUCAUUUAGUCCCCUUGUUCGUCUGUUUAAAGACUCUUUGCCUCUCCAUAACUGUUGCCUCUUCUCGGCUUCCUCUAGAAGGGCUUUAUGGAUGGAAAUGGUAAGGAACUUUUGUUCACUCGGAACACAUUAAGGGGCAGCCGGUCUUGCUUUGCCCCCAAACAUAUCAGCCCCAAAGGUGGCUAACGUUUGGACUCUAAAUAUCCAAUGAAUUACUCAUCUGCGCACAAUAAACCACCAAGGCCUCAAUCUCACAAAGAGGAGCAGAUUGGGGUAGCAAGCUUGUGUUUGGAUCAGCUUCAAACGGCAGGUGCGCAGCUGACACGACAGAAUGCCCCUCCAUGCGUAAACAAUCCCUGCAUGUGGAAAGCUAGCUCAUCAUGGAGUUAGCUGGCCUAGAAUCCUGACCUGCUAGUUUUCUAUAUGCAAUGAUAUUUUUUAUUUUUUACUAGUUUGCACAGAGGAGCAUUCAGCGACGGAAGCCUGAAACAGCUUUGCUACCUCUACCCCUUUGUGACAAAUUACUCCCAAGGUCCUGCUGUCUAUGUGCCCAUCUCCAGCCUUUUUUAAACAAAAAUAUUAUUAAGUGAAUGGAGUUGGUUUUAUGUUGCCACCCCUCUAGG